AUGGCGAGCUGUAUGAAAGGAUGCUGGGGCAUUUUUAGUGAAGAAUUUCGAAAGUUACGUCGGCCAGCUCAUAUUAGAGGAAGGUAAGCUUAGAAAAAUAGUUUGUUGCAAGAGUGUAAGCUUGUUAAGCUUAUUAAAAUAUAUUGAAACUUCCAUUCGUCCAGUGUUUUUUAAAAAACGUAUCAUUCCUUAAUAUCAGACGUUUUUAUUAAUUGUCACAGAACUUACAGACGUGCAAGAUAUAGCGAAAAGGAACUUAGUAUCGAGGUACUUAAAACUUUUCCUUUUUUUAAUAUUUCAAGCAAGCUUAUGUCACCAGUUUUUGGAGCCCACCAAGUUUUGACAUCCUAAGACCUUUGCAAACUUUAACAGUGAAAAGACAUGCAAACUGUUAACGUGUAAGAGUAAUUUGUUCCUACUAGGGCUAGAGAGAAUUUUCUUGUAAAAUCAUCAUGAAAAUGUCAAAUAGUCUCGAGCAUUUUAAUAGCAAGCUUUGUUUAUUUGAACACUUGAUCUUGUUGAUCAUGAUGAGCAAAUCAGCUGUUUUAUGGUGGUAGCCUGAGAAAAUAGCUGACAUUUUGCGACGGCACCAAUGGUUUCCCUGUGAAAUGACAUCUGAGGAAAGACUGUGGAAAUUAAUUGAAACUUAUGACAUUACAUGGACCACCCAGAUCUGGGUAGUGCUUCUGAUUGGUUGAAGCAACACAACCAAUCAGAAGCACUAACUGGAUCUGGGUAGUGAUAGGUAUACAGUAUGAAUUUCUGCAGUCAUUCCUUAUAUGUCAUUUUGAGUGGAAAUCAGUGGGGUGACGAAAAAGUGGGUUGUUUUCUCAGGCUAAUGUGGCCAGCUAGAGUGUAGACUUCCCGGCCACUAUGGUUACAAAUUAUUUCAUGCAGCCAAACCUGAAUCUAAAUCGCAAUCUGCAAGAUGAAUUUACAUGAAACCUUUGAUUGACAAAGAAGUCAACAGAUUGCUGAAAAUUAUUUUGCUUACUCUAAAUAUAGUACUUGUUACAAUGCUUUAAGAAUUUGUGUUUGUGCAAUCAGCUUCUUUUAUUAUUAUUAUAGAUGCUGAGAUUGUAUUUUGCUUCCUUUUCAGUUUGAAAACUUGAUAGAUGAGGUAAUAUUUCUUUAUUAGCAUGUUAUUUUGAGUAUUUUUUUGUUUUAGCUUAAUCCUAGAGGAAAAAAUCAAGUAUUCAACCAAAGGAUUUUCAUUAAGAGGGUAUUUGAAAAUCAUGGUUGUGUCAUCAAUGAUACAUGAGAAUAUUGCUGGAAACAAAAAGUCGCAAACAAAGGAAUCGUCGCUUAAGCUCUAUUUAUUCAGAACCCUUCGGAAUGUUUGGGGUUUUAAGCAGACAAGACUUUCUUGCUCGGUUUGUAAUUUCCUUGUCAAGUGAUUCGGGUGUUUUAUAAUUUUUUAUUUCCUCGGGGUGUACUAUUUAUGCUAUGAUCGUGUUUGUUAACUGUUUUUCAGCGCGUCAGAAUGUGUGCACUAUAUUAUACAGUGUAGUUGUAGCGCUAUAUUAAUAUUGUUAUCUUUAUAUGAAUUCAAGGCUGUGCUCUAAAAAAAAUUGAAGGGAGCCAAGUGCUCUGAACUUGCAAAAUACAGUGUGCCCAGCAUAUGAUUUCUACGAAAGAGCUAAGAUUUUCUAGUCAUGCGAGAACAAAAGUUAGGCAGCCCAGGCCACCAGGUUCUGCUAGAGCACAGCCUUGGAAUUAAUAAUUGAAAACUUAUCACUUUUAAUUUAUUUUGUAGGAGGACUUCAAUCCUCGCCCCAGGUAAGUUUGUUGGUCCAUCCAUCCAUCCCUCUUACCCUCCCUUCCCUCCUUCCUCCCUCCUUCCCUCUGUCUGUUUGUCCCUCUCUGUCCGUCUGUCCAUCCCUCUGUUUGUCUAUUCAUUGAUGACUAUUUUGACUCCCAAGAAAUGCCAGGGCACUCUUAGCUCAGUUAGCAUUUUCCAGAUUUGGCUGGUCAGACCAGUCCAGUCCUAGGAGAACUCCACUAUUAACUAGAAGGACUAACAAGCCAGAUCAGUUCAUUCUUAAUUAGUAUGCGUAGGAGUAAUAGAACUUAGUUAAAAUAUGGAGAAAGUACUACAGUUGAACCUCUCCACAAUGGCUUCCGUGGGGACAGAAGAAAGUGGCCGUUAUAAAGAGGUUACCAUUGUAGAGAUAGGUUUAAACAAGAGUCAAUGUAUGGACUGUCCACCAAGACAAAAAUUAAACAAUGGCUUUUGUAGAGAGGUGGCCAUUGUGGCGAGAUGGCCAUUAGUUGAGGUUUGACUGUAAUAAAAUAUUCCCUUUUCAAAAUAAUCAGUCUGGUCGCCGGCCAUCUCUGAUGUUUGGAAAGCGUUCUUCAGUAUGUUCUUGAAAAGGUAAUUCACAGUGUAGGUCUUCAUUGCUCAUUUUUAAUUUUUUUUUAUUCCAGACGAAUUUUAACUGAAACUGAAACAGAGCUUAUCAGUCAAAAGAGAUUUAAUGACCUGGUUCAACAGCAGAAGAAGUUAGAUGCUGAAAUCGACGCACAGUUAUCCCGGCAAGAGGAUGAUUUACGACUUGAGGAGGAGGUAUGAUCUAAAAAGACAUUUGUUAGUUAUUUUCAAUUGGCAAAAUAAAAUUGUUAUUGCAGCAAAUAAACAACAACAAACCUGCCUUUUAACUGACAGCACAAAACCAUUUUGGGGCCGGGUUGUUCAAAGCUGGGUUAAGAUAACCCAGGGUUAGCGCAAGAUUUGAAUUCAAAUAUGAGAGCCAAAAAAGGUAUUUCAAUUUUCAUUCUUUUUGUCUUCAAGUUGAUUAUUGGAAACUCUAAAAAUAAGAGAGAAAAUUAUCUGGGAAAAUGGCUUUGAACACAAGAAAAAGAAAACCAGGUCAAUUUAACCCCAGGUUAAGCGUUAAUCGGCCUUUGAACAACUGGGCCCAGUUAAUUAGACUAGGAUUACAUGUUCUUCUGUGAUUGGUUGGUUUCUGACAGCUGUCAUUGGCCCCUUUUUAUCUUGCUGUUUUGUUCUUCACCUGAUGACGACCCGCAGUAAGCAGUUGAAACAUAUUUAUCUAAUUCACAAGUGACUUCACCAUGUCACUCAUGAGACAAAUGAUAAUACAGUCAGCUCUUUCUAAGAUGUAUGCCUUUUUUAAUUUUUUUUUUACUUGUCAUCUGAUUGCGCUUGUUUUGACCAUCUAUCACGUGAAACAGCAUUCGAGCGCAGCAAGAGCAUUUUGACCGUUGAUCAUUGUUAGCUGCAGUCUCUUACCUUUGGUUAUUACUAGUAUACUAUUAUGCUUUUAGCAGUAACAUUAAACUUACAGGUUGUCCAUUUCCUUUGUUAAAUAAAUACAACUAGUUGAACCUCCACUAAUGGCCACCUCUCUACAUCAGCCAUUUUUUUUUGUCCCAAAGGACAGUCCAUACAUUGACUCCAAAUAAAAACCUUAAUUUAUUUUCUAAAAUGUCCACUUCUCUAUAACAGCAAUGGCCAUUAAAGUUCAUCCUCAUUGAAAAAGUCAAGAAUGGUCACGAAACUUGAACUGAUUUAAAACAUUAAAUUUUAUUGUGUAAUUUCAUGUAGUAUAUGAAUUACCAUCGUAGGCUACUAUAAGCAUGAACUUGGCACUCUAAACAUGCUGUUGCCCCCCCCACCUCCCCAAAAAAGAAGGUGUCAUAUUACUCCCCUACCUCCCCAUAAUGCCAGGCCAUCUCUCCAUAAAGGUAGGUUGUCCUAAAGGUAGCAGUUGUGGAGAGGUUCAACUGAAUUAAAUUUGUUUGUGCUAUUUUGUUGAAGGCCUACUAUGAAGCAAAGAGAGAGGCUGCACGAGUGGCGAAGCAAGCUAGGCAGAUGGAGGUACAUACCCUCAUAAUUUUAAAAAUGCAGUGUUUGCAUGUACUGUCCCCAGAGAAAGUGAUCUUUGAUUUUAGUUUUCUUCAAAUUUUUUGAGAAAAAGUAGCAUUAAUUUUAAAUAUUUUUUUUCAAAUUACUACAGGAAAUGAAAGCUGCCAAAGAAAAGGAGAACAGAACUCGUAGGGGCUUCCUGGAUGAUUCAUCCUUGUCUUGUUUGUUAUCAGAUGAUACUGUUAGUGUAGACAGGUACGUAAAAUUUUCUUAUUUGUCAUCAGUAUUAACCCACUGAUCAUGUAAUAUUGCAUUUUUACACCAAUGAAAUACAAGGUGAGCUUGUGCAUGAAAACAUGAUAAUCCAAACCAUUUCACAUUUAUAAUAUUUUUCUGCAAAACGUGUGAUUUAUUAUGCAACCCGCGCAACAGUGAUCUUUUCAAAUAUAAAGAUAACAUGUUAUUUUCAUGUGAUUCUUUACACAUGAAAAUAAUGUUAUCUUCACAUUUGAAAAGAUCACUGUCGCGAGGGCUGCAUAAUAAAUCACACGUUUUGCAGAAAAAAUGUUAUAAAUGUGAAAUUGUUUAGUAUGUCAUUAAUUGGUGUUUAUAUAAUAAAUAGUAAUUAUUAAUGUAACAUUACCUGGCCACUUGGAGAUACCAAAUUUCUCUUCUCAUGUUGUUCACUGUACUCACUUGAAUGAAAUAUUUUUCAUCACUUGAAAGAAACUUUAGCGGCAUAGAAUGGUUCCUCAAAAAAUGUGGGUCUCGGAAAAUAUUGGCCCAACCUCAACAUCUCGGAAGUGAUUGUGAUGGGUCUUGAAGUCUCAUUUUUAGGUGAUUUUGUGCCUCAGAGGCUCAAUUUCAGUCUGGAAUUGCAGUCUCACAAAGUCUCGAAUUUACCAUUCCAUACCUUCACUUUUGUACCUCCAUGUGGUCAUGUAAUAUCCUCUAUGUAUCUCACUGGACUUUGAAUUUUCUACUUUGCUUUAGUACUGAGCUGGAUGUUGAGGAUUUUGAUGCAUUCCUGGAAAAAGUAAAAGCAAGAUCUCUUGGAAAUAGUCCCUUUGCUUGUAAGUUUAGACUUGCAUUAAGGAACCUUUGAAAACUGUAUUUUGCAUGGUUCAUACAACAUCAGACAAACAAAUUUUAAGGACUUCUGAAGUACAAAAUUACAGUUUUUAAGGACCAAGAUUUAUUCAAUAAAUUGGCAUUCUUUAAUCCCCUUUUGAACACCUUAUUGGGUAAAACGCUGUCACUUUCCGUAACAACACUUUUCAAAAUGACAACAGUCAUUAAGCAUGACCUGCAGCUACAUCUGUGGUAUAGAAAUAGCAUUUGAAAUAUUAAAAGAAACAGAAAUAAGAUAUUGUUCAUACAUGAAAAUGUUUUUGCAAAUACCCAUGAGUUUUACAGGUUCUUACACCUGGGAUGAGCCAAAUAAAUAAUCUAAUUUUAUAGAAAAUGGUGUGGUGUAACAAGCUUGUAGUGAAUUUCAAGGACUUUUUAAGCCCUAAUAAUGAAAUCAAGUCUUUNCUCGAAUUUACCAUUCCAUACCUUCACUUUUGUACCUCCAUGUGGUCAUGUAAUAUCCUCUAUGUAUCUCACUGGACUUUGAAUUUUCUACUUUGCUUUAGUACUGAGCUGGAUGUUGAGGAUUUUGAUGCAUUCCUGGAAAAAGUAAAAGCAAGAUCUCUUGGAAAUAGUCCCUUUGCUUGUAAGUUUAGACUUGCAUUAAGGAACCUUUGAAAACUGUAUUUUGCAUGGUUCAUACAACAUCAGACAAACAAAUUUUAAGGACUUCUGAAGUACAAAAUUACAGUUUUUAAGGACCAAGAUUUAUUCAAUAAAUUGGCAUUCUUUAAUCCCCUUUUGAACACCUUAUUGGGUAAAACGCUGUCACUUUCCGUAACAACACUUUUCAAAAUGACAACAGUCAUUAAGCAUGACCUGCAGCUACAUCUGUGGUAUAGAAAUAGCAUUUGAAAUAUUAAAAGAAACAGAAAUAAGAUAUUGUUCAUACAUGAAAAUGUUUUUGCAAAUACCCAUGAGUUUUACAGGUUCUUACACCUGGGAUGAGCCAAAUAAAUAAUCUAAUUUUAUAGAAAAUGGUGUGGUGUAACAAGCUUGUAGUGAAUUUCAAGGACUUUUUAAGCCCUAAUAAUGAAAUCAAGUCUUUUUAAAAGACCUUAACUGAAUUCAAGGACUUUUCGAGAUGACUACUAAACUUUCAAGAUCGUGCAGACCAAGUUGUUUUGGCUUCAGAAUGAAAAUCCAGCAUUAAUUGCAAUGUAAACUUGUAAUAGUGACAAACUGAAUUCUAUGCUGUCUUCACUUAGUAGGUAUAGUUCUGCCUUGAUUUGUUUCAGCAAGAUAAGUGACCAGAAAAUAGCUACAAAUUGCUCUAAGUUUGUUUCUUUGCCAAAUUUCUGGGGCCAUUAGUAAUGGUCUCAUGAUCAGACAGUUACAUAACAUUAAGCUAUUGGACUCGUAUCUUCUUCCUUUCUCAUCCAGAACCGAAACUGCUAUUCAGAAAGACCUUAAUUAGGAUCAGUAUAAGAGUUAGACAAACUUCUCACUCACCCCUCCCCAACUCAACUUUAACACUAACUUCUUACUUAGGGGAAAAUGUUAGAUUGAGGGAGGGGUGGGUGGGCAGAUAAAACAAAUUCACUUAAUACUCACAUAUUUGUUACAAUAAUUGGUUUUUUCAUUGACAGCACCCACUGCAACAGGGCCAAACGGAACAGCUCCUUGGGAGGAUGCAUUAGCACAGGGGAUGGAAGCUACAAAGAUAGCAGGAAAAUCGCUAGAUGCACUACAGGGAUUUUCAUCCUCUGUUGACCUUGUAGCUGUCAGCGAGAGAUAG